GAAGACCCCUGACAAAACUAAAAUCCAAGUACAACACCACCCUUUUCCCUUUCCUUCCAGAACCUAAACAGGGAUCUCUCACCUGCUCCUUUCCCUUUCGCCCUGGAAUAAUUGAGAUUGAGAGUGAGCGAGUUUCUUUUCAAGGGAAGGCAUCUAUCUAUCCACCUGCUCUUCCAGCCCGGCCAGCAGGCGGCGCUGCCGAGUUCUUUCUUCGCCUCCGAUCCUAUUUCCUCGAACUUUUCUUCUUUCCAAUCAUCAGUUUCUUUUUCUCGGGUGGUGAGAGCCAUUGGAGGUUUAGAAUGGCAAAGGACAGGGGGAAAGCGGGGGAGCGGAACGUGCUCGUCGGCGUGGUCUGGAACUGCGCCGACAUGAAGCUCCUCCUCUCGUCCCUCUUCCUCCUCUGCUCUCUCGCUACCCUAAUCCAAUUCCUCCCCUCCACUCUCGGCCUCUCCUCCUCCGCCGAUCUCCGCUCCCUCCUCUAUUCUAAGUUCUCCUCCUCCUCUUCCUCCCAAGCUCCACCCCUAAAUCUCUCCUCCUUUUCCUCCUCACCAUCCUCUAUGCCAACUCCUCACCCUCUGAAGAACGAGGAAGUAACUCCGGAAUCCGUCGUGAAGAGGGCCUUCAACCCCGUGGGUUCCGCUGCAUACCUCUUCGUCCAGAUGGGCGCCUACCGCGGCGGUAACAACACCUUCGCGGUCAUCGGGCUCGCGUCGAAGCCGCUCCAUGUCUUCGCCAGGCCCCGAUUCACCUGCGAGUGGGCCCCCCACGACGACCGCAGCGCUUCCGUCACCGCCCCCGGUUACAAGAUCCUCCCCGACUGGGGCUACGGCCGCGUGUACACCGUCGUGGUGGUGAAUUGUACCUUCCCCGCCGACGUCGGCGCCGACGGGUCCGGCGGCCGCCUGAUCGUCCGCGCGACCACCGGGGGCGGCGGCGAUCGAGCGCUCGACGUGGAGGAGAGAUUUAUCGCGCUGGAAGAGGCCCCCGGGAGCGUGAACGCCUCCAUAUUCUCGGCACCGCCGAGGUAUGAUUACCUCUAUUGCGGCUCGUCGCUCUACGGGAAUCUGAGUCCCCAGAGGGUAAGGGAGUGGAUGGCCUACCAUGUCAAGCUCUUCGGCGACAAGUCCCACUUCGUGAUCCACGACGCCGGCGGCAUCCACCCGGGGGUGAUGGAGGUUCUCCGGCCGUGGAUGGAGAAGGGGUUCGUAACGCUGCAGGACAUCAGGGAGCAGGAGAGAUUUGAUGGCUACUACCACAACCAAUUCCUAGUAGUGAACGAUUGCUUGCACAGAUACAGGUUCAUGGCCAAGUGGAUGUUCUUCUUCGACGUCGAUGAGUUCAUCUAUGUCCAGCCGAAGACCACCCUCGAGUCUGUCCUCGCCUCGCUCUCCGGCUACACUCAGUUCACUAUUGAGCAGAUGCCAAUGUCCAGCAAGCUCUGUCGCUCCAGCGAUGCCGGGAAAACCCCAAGGAUGUGGGGCUUUGAGAAGCUGGUGUACAGGGAUGUGAAGAGAGGAGUGAGAAGGGAUCGGAAAUAUGCGAUCCAGCCUCGCAAUGUCUUCGCGACGGGGGUUCACAUGUCUCAGAACAUGGUUGGGAGGAACCUUCACAAGACGGAAGGCAGGAUUAGGUAUUUCCACUACCAUGGCACCAUUGCCGACAGAAGAUAUCCUUGCAAGGUGUUCAUUAAUGAUACCACCCUCACCGUCGACGGCACGCCUUAUGUCUUCGAUCCCACUCUCCGACAACUCGCCGGCUCCGUCAAGAGAUUCGAGCUCAAGGCCCUUGGUUCCCGCCUCCAGCGCACGCGCCAAUGAUACCUACGCUCUUUGACUCUUCUCAUCUCAUUAUUAUAUACACAUGAUUUUUUUUUUGUUUAAUUUUGUUUACAGUUUUUAAUUAUAAUUAUUAUUUUGGUUAUAUUGUUGAUGGUGGGCGCUUCUUAUUAUAUAAAAAUGGAGUAUAGGCUUAUCUGAUA